AUGUCCUUGAGAGAUGAUAAGAUGAAAGAUGACCCUGUAAGGGGUACUGGGAGCUUCUCAAGAAGGACCGUAGAAGCAGGGCAAGAAAACCAACUGGUGGCAUUGAUCCCGUAUAGUGAUCAGCGGUUACGGCCAAGAACAAAGCUGUAUGUGAUGGCAUCUGUGUCUGUCUGCCUGCUCCUGUCUGGAUUGGCUGUGUUUUUCCUUUUCCCGCGAUCUAUUGACGUGAAGUAUAUUGGUGUAAAAUCAGCCUAUGUCAGUUACGAUUUUCAAAAGCGAACCAUAUAUUUAAAUAUCACGAACACACUAAAUAUAACAAACAAUAACUAUUACUCUGUUGAAGUUGAAAACAUCACUGCUCAAGUUCAGUUUUCAAAAACGGUUAUUGGAAAGGCACGCUUAAACAACAUAACUAACAUUGGCCCACUUGAUAUGAAGCAGAUUGAUUAUACAGUACCCACAGUUAUUGCUGAGGAAAUGAGUUACAUGUACGAUUUCUGUACACUGAUCUCCAUCAAAGUACACAACAUAGUACUCAUGAUGCAGGUAACUGUAACAACGACAUACUUUGGACACUCUGAGCAGAUAUCUCAGGAGAGGUACCAGUAUGUCGACUGCGGAAGGAACACCACUUACCAGUUGGCCCAGUCUGAGUAUCUCAAUGUACUUCAGCCACAACAGUGAACUCUGAAGGAGAUGUGAUAGAGCAGAGGACACCCCUGAGGUGUUUCCAGAACUGUCAGUGAGGAGGCACUGCCUAGAAGGACAUCUUGAAUUGGGCAUGUCUAAAGUUGAAACUAGGACACUGAGGGCUGAGCCGACAGAAGCUGCUCCUUAAGCAGUUACUGGACUCUGGUUCUGUGUUGAGGAUUUGCUAGUACCAAGAGCUUUUACUUGAUUGUAAGUUAACUGAUUGGCUUUCUUCUCAUCUUUGUUCCCAAGGU